UCUGUGGUCCAUAAAUAAAUGUCAAAAUUCGCAUUUUAGGUUGUGUUUGAAAAAUCAUAAUAAAUCAUUAAAAAUACAAAUUGUGUGAACAACCAUGCUUAAUGCAAUUAGAAAUAGUUUUAGAAUAUCUGUCAACAGUUUAGUGCGGUCGUUUCAAACUUCCACCCCAGUGGCUACGGAACGUUUCGAUCACAAGAGGAUUCCCGCGGACGAUGAAGGUGUUCAGGGGGAGAAAAUAAUCGAUUUGGAUUCGGUAUUAAAAUCAAAGCAAGGCCUGUUCCCAACAUUGGAAUCAGAUAACCUGCUAUUUGAUGGUGUGCCAUACAAAGAGCUAGCAAUAUGCAAUGUCCGAGUGAGUCACAACAACACAGUCUUCACACUGACUGACCACGCUGGGACGGUGAAGCUGAUCCGAUCCUGUGGGAUGGAGGGCUUCAAGAAUACUAAAAAAGGGACCAAUAUUGCUGCACAGACUACUGCUAUCAGUAUAGCUACUAAAGCUAUUGACAGAGGAGUUAAAAAUAUUAGGGUGAGAGUGAGGGGUCUCGGGCCUGGAAGACUGUCUGCAGUCAAAGGACUUCAAAUGGGAGGUUUACUAAUAAUUUCCAUCACUGAUAACACCAGAGUGUCAUGGAAUCCACCAAGACCUAGAAAAGCAAGAAGAUUAUAGACUAAAAUGUACCUAAUGUUAUUUUAGUAAUUUAGUUAUAACAAUAAAAGAUUUAUUUAUAAAA